CUGUUAUCGCAGUCUGAUCUCAAGUUGAUUCUCAGCUGAGGUGAGUACAUUUUUUUCCAUAUGAUCUGUUUCUCUCAUGCUCCUGUUUGUCUCCGUGUUGUGUGUGAAAUUGUGUUCUUGUGCUGCAAUGGACUGAGGGGCAAGAAAUAGUUGCCCCUCCUAGAGGUCAUGAAGAGGGGUUUCUCAAUUGAUGGGCUACUACCAUGUCUUAAGGCUCUAUGGUCGUUACCUUGAUGUUUUCCGGUGCUUUUUUUAAUAUCGAUGCAUACAAAAUUUGCUUUAUUUUCUUCUUUUAUCGAUCCAGUCUGUUGCGAUCUCCCAACUGAUGCCAUUAUAACCAGGCUCGCUCGGGAACGCUGUGUCAAAGAUGGCCCAAGAACAAUUGCGCAUCCUCAUCGUCGGUAACGGCGGACGAGAGCAUGCUUUCGCCUGGAAGCUGAGCCAAUCUCCUCUGGUCGAUAUUGUCUACGUCGCCCCGGGCAAUGGUGGAACCGGUCUGGGUGCUUCUAGCAAGAUUUCCAACGUCAACAUCAAAGGAAAUGAUUACCCGGGCCUGGUGGCCUUUUCUCAGAAGAAUGGCGUGAACCUGGUUGUUCCUGGGCCUGAGGCGCCUUUGGUGGAUGGUAUCCAAGGAUACUUCCAAGCAGUUGGAAUCAGAUGCUUUGGCCCAUCCAAGGCUGCCGCUCGCAUGGAAGGCUCCAAGACCUUCUCGAAGGAUUUCAUGAAGCGCCACAGCAUCCCCACCGCCGUCUACGAGAAUUUCAACGAGUACGAACCGGCUCGCAAGUACCUUGACUCUGUGUCCCACAAUGUUGUCAUCAAAGCCGACGGACUUGCCGGCGGUAAGGGUGUUAUUAUCCCCGCAUCAAAGGAGGAGGGUCACCAAGCACUCCGGGAGAUGAUGCUCGAUCAUCAGUUCGGCGAGGCUGGCAAUGAGGUAGUCAUUGAGGAGUACCUCGAGGGUGAUGAGCUUAGUGUUCUCACCUUCAGCGAUGGCUACACGAUUAGCUCUCUCCCUCCCGCACAAGACCACAAACGCAUCUUCGAUGGUGACCAAGGUCCGAACACUGGUGGAAUGGGCUGCUAUGCCCCUACCCCGAUUUCCUCGAAAGAGGUUCUGGAGGAGAUUGACCGGACCAUUGUGCAGCCCUCGAUUGACGGAAUGAGGAGAGAUGGUUUCCCCUUGGUGGGUAUUCUCUUCACUGGACUCAUGAUGACCAAGAACGGACCCAAGGUUCUCGAAUACAACGUCCGCGGUGGAGACCCAGAGACACAGACCCUCCUUCCUCUGCUUAGCGAUGACACCGACUUGGCCCAGAUUAUGGUCGCCUGUACAGAGCACUGGCUCGACGGUGUUUCCAUCAAGGUCAAGCCCGACUUUUCCACCACCGUCAUUGCCGUGGCAGGCGGCUAUCCCAACUCAUACGCCAAGGGCAAGGCUAUCACUCUGGACCCCGCCCCUGAAGAUACACUGAUUUUCCACGCGGGAACUAACCUCGCUGGCAAUGAACUGCAAACUGCCGGUGGUCGAGUUAUUGCUGCUACCGCCACUGCCUCGAGCCUCGAGGAGGCCGUCCGUAAGAGCUACGUCGGCAUCUCAACCAUCCACUUCGAGGAUAUGUUCUACCGCAAGGACAUUGCGCACCGGGCAUUCAGACAGAGAGAUGCCGUUGCAUCCCAGCAAUCCCUCACCUACGCCUCCGCUGGUGUCUCCAUCGACGCUGGCAACGACCUUGUCAACGAGAUUAAGAGCUCUGUGGCCCGUACCAAGCGUCCUGGAACUGACGCCGUGAUCGGUGGCUUUGGAGGUCUCUUCUCCCUUGCUGCAGCCAACUCUGCUUACCACCCACAAUCACCCACCUUGAUCGGUGCCAUUGACGGUGUUGGCACGAAGCUCAAGAUUGCCCACACCGUGGGAGUCCACAACACUGUGGGAGUUGACCUGGUUGCUAUGAACGUCAACGACCUGGUCGUUCAGGGCGCCGAGCCUUUGUUUUUCCUCGACUGCUAUUCUUGUGGUAAGCUGGAUGUCCCCACCGCCUCGGCAUUCGUGAACGGUGUCGCGGAGGGCUGUGUUCAGGCUGGCUGUGCUCUCAUCGGUGGUGAGACUGCAGAGAUGCCUGGUCUCUUUGUGGAAGACACCUACGAUGCUGUUGGUGCUGCUGUCGGUGCCAUCAACACAACCGGUGACAAUGCCCGCACCAUUCUUCCGGAUACCUCUGCCAUGAAGGACGGAGAUGUCUUGCUGGCCUUGGGCUCUUCUGGUCCCCACUCCAACGGAUACUCGCUCGUCCGAAAGAUCGUUGAGAGAUCUGGUCUGAACUACGAGGACGCGGCUCCCUUCCCCAUGCCCUUCAACUCUGAGCCCUCCACUCUCGGACGCGCCCUCCUCACUCCUACCCGCAUCUAUGUCAAGCCCAUCCUCAAGGCUCUGGACGUCAAGACCAGUGCCUCCUCGCCCGCCAUCAAGGGUCUUGCCCACAUCACCGGUGGUGGUCUCGUGGAGAACGUGCCUCGCAUGCUCCCAUCAACCCUGUCGGCCCACAUCAAGGCUUCGGGAUGGCAACUCCCCCCUGUUUUCUCUUGGCUCAAGAAGAACGGCAACGUCACCGCCACCGAAAUGGCACGUGCAUUCAACUGCGGUGUCGGUAUGGUUGUGGUGGUCGAUAAGGGCUCCGAGGCUGCCGUCAAGGAAUUGUUCGAGAAGGAAGGCGAGACUGUCUACGAGAUCGGACAGCUCAAGACCAAGAAGGAUGGCGAGGAAGCUUGCGUCCUGGAGGGACUGGAGACAUGGGAUGCUUAAACAAGUUUCCUUUAACCAUACAUAACCAGUCAACCAGAAAAGUACAAAAAGCAAAAAAGGCUUCUUUCUUUCUUUUCCUUUGCUUUCACUUGAUGACUUAUAUCUAUAUCUAUCUGAUGUUGAUGCCUUAUUUUCCUGAUCCGAUUUUGCCUUGGUUUUAGACGUGCGACGAUGGAUGAAUUGACACGAAAGAAAAGUUAAACAGACAUAUAGUACCCCUUGGAAUUUAUAUUUGUUUUUGAAUAUAUGUCUAUACACAGAAGCCCAAUGGAUUUGUGAUUUAUUCAAUUUGCCUUUCCAUAGUACCUACAAUAGGUUCUAUCCAGAUAGUUGCAGGAAACACUAGGGACGACACUAUCUAACCAACAUAAAGUACUCAAGACAACAGUAACAAGUACCAUUAAUU